GGAUGCCAACCCAACCUUGAUAACACAUACCAUACGGUACUGUAUGUAAGCCUACUGUUCUGUGGUACUAAAAAGAUUUAGGAUGUCUCUCUUGUCAGAUGGGAAAAGGAUUUUUAAUGAGGAACUACAGAAACAUGCUGAUCAUAUUAGACACCAACUUGCAAUGGGGAUAAAGAAGCCUUAUAAAGAGGUGGUGGAUGUCAGCUCUGCCGAUGGCCAACGGACAGGAAUGGCUCCCAUAACCUUUGUGCGACAGGUCCUCGCCACAUGCCUUUACCCUGAUCUUCUCCUCGAUGACACACUUCCAGUGGAUGUGCGACAGAGAGCAGAGAGGAUGCUCAAGCGCUGUGAUGGAGGCAGUGUGGGUGCAUACUCAGAAUCGUGUGGUCUGAAGAGUGUGCUGGUUAGUGUGGCCAAUUUCAUCUCCAGGAGAGACGGGGGCCUGGCCUCUGACCCAAAGAAUAUCUUCAUCUCCACUGGGUCACAGCGAGGACUAAUGAUCAUAAUGAAGCUACUUGCGUGGGGUAGUGGUCAAACCCAGCCUGCGGUCAUGAUCCCUGAACCACACCCUCACACUCUGCCACGGCUCCUGGAAGACGCCGGACUAGCAGCACUCCCUUAUAAUCUGCAGGAGAAGAGGGGCUGGACCUGGGAGAAGGACGAGCUUCAGCGUGUCAUCCAGGCCUCCAGGGGGCGAUGCAACCCCAGAGCAAUUUACAUCUCAAACCCUGGAGAUCCUACAGGACACGUACAGGACAGGAACACCAUACAGGAUGUCAUUCGGUUCGCAGCAGAAGAAAACCUCCUCUUACUGGUGGAUGAGGUGUACCAGGACUGUGUGUUUGGAAAGGACUGUACGUUCCUGUCCUAUAAGAGAGUGCUCUUUGAGAUGGACCCCAUGUACUCAGGCUCAGUGAAGAUGGCGUCUCUCAACUCUCUCUCCAACGGCACCCUGGGAGAGUGUGGCAUGAGAGUGGGGUAUAUGGAGCUCGUCAACUUUGAUGCCGCUGUGCUGCCAUUUGUGGAAGUCUUGCUCACUGGGGACAUCAGCCCACCUGUGAUUGGUCAGAUUGGGCUUGAUGUCAUGGCUGACCCACCAUGUCCUGGCGAGCCGUCUCAUAGCAGAUAUAUGCAGGAGUUUUUGUCUUGUGAGAAUACUCUAAGGCAAAAUGUGGAGAGGGGGCGGACCUUACUCAAUUUGCUGCCAGGAGUCUAUUGCCCACCUGUGAUGGGAGGAGUCUACCUCAACACACACCUGACAUUACCAAAGGCCAUGGGGAGGAGUGCUGGGCCCCUGUACUGUGGAAGACUCUUGGAGGAGGAGGGUGUGUGUGUGGGACUCGGUGAGUGUGUGUGUGACGACCACUCAGCCACAGGAAGCUGCUGGCACAUAAGAAUCUGUGUCCUUAUGCCUCCAUAUAAGAUGGAAGACCUGCUGAGUCGCCUGGGAUCCUUUCACCUUCGCUUUCUACAGCAGCCAACACAAAGCCAGAAUGGAACUCUGUAAACUGAGCAUGGUACUGGCAUUUCACAAAUAAUUACUGUCAUAAAAAUCUAUAUAAAAAGAAAGCAGCCAUUUGU